UUACUUCAAUUCCGCAUGGCAGCCACAUCUUGGUUUGCCUAUCGCGUUUAGAUAAGCUAGGGGUUGUCUAUCUUAUCCACGCAACAUUACCGAUAGGCUUUCUCACCGGUUAGAGCGAAAAGAGUCACGCUCAUGUGAGGGGUGCCCGACUGCCCCUCCUUUCGUACACAGCAUGCCUGGUGAAGAGCAUUGUCGGGCUAUAGGCCGGUCAGGUCGACAUGUUGCUUGUCAUAGCUCCAGCUUACAAGCAUGGUAAAUUUUGAGCGCAACAGCCCUAGACCCUUAGGCUUUUCGAUGCAUCUCCACGAGGUAUGAAAGCUCCUCAAAAUUCAGCACAAAACUGGGCAUCCCUUGGCAUGAAGCCAAUUGGAGACUGAAACCCCUGCUGUUGAGCCGAUUGUAUCUAUUUAAUCGAAUAUCUCUCUUCCAGGGUGUAUUUGAGUGUCUGGAACUUCGGAAUGUCGCCUGAACGUGUCACCACGGAGCCAUUGCACUCUCGUGGCUGGGAUAAUGACUGGCUCAGGCAGUUAGCCGGCGAUAUAGUCGCAGGAUCACUGUCUGCAACGAUUAUCGCCCCGAUCACAACGGUUAUCGACCGGAGCGUCGUGGAGAGGCUGUCCUCAAAUAGAUCCAUCCUGCAUACACUUCGCACACAUGCCAUUUGCUCCAUCCUCCAACCAAAAAAGUUUUACUUCUCCCGACCUUUCUUCAUCGCUUGGUCUCUUUACGCCGCAACCUACGCUACCGCAAAUGCCACCGACACAAGCCUGGACCAGCUUUCCAGAAUAAGAGAGAAAUCAACAAGUGCGAGUCUCGUCGCAACGUUCAGCUUCCUCCCAACAUACGCCGUCAAUGUGUCUCUGGGAAUCCUGAAGGAUAUCAGGUUCUCUCAGAUUUACGGACACCCAGACGGUCGUCUCAAGCAGCCACCUCCCAUCCCAAGACUCGCGUACAUGGCAUUUCUUUUCCGCGACAGCAUCACUAUAUCCAGCUCGUUCACGCUGGCUCCGCAGGUGGCCUCAUUAGUUCCAGAUUGGAUCACUGCAGACCCGCAUACCAAGAGAACUGUGACCCAGCUCGCUCUCCCCGCCUUGGUGCAAUAUGUGAAUACGCCGUUCCAUAUGAUCGCGUUAGAUGUUAUUGCUCGUCCACAUGUGGCCACGAUAGCAGAAAGAUCCGUUACGAUACGGAGAGGCUAUAUGCAAUCAUCGUCGCUGAGGGCAGCAAGGGUUCUACCGGCAUUCGGGGUGGGGUGUAUAAUCAAUACGGAUUUGAGGGCGUCUCUGCACAGAAGAUGGAUGGUUAGAUAGGGCAAAUACCAGUGCGGGGCACAGCAAACAAGAAUAACUUAUCUCUCCAC